CUCUAAUUCCAGCGCUUGGGAGGUGGAGGUAGGAGGUUUUCUCUGGCUACAGUGAGAGGUUCGAAGUCAACCUAAGCCAUAUGAGACUGUCUCAAGAAAAGAACAUUUUUAAAAAGGCAGCAAAUGCUGGAAUUUACAGAUCCUUUCUUGCCUUGAACUUGGUGCUUCUUCCUGAAGACUCAUUCCUGGUGGCUGGGAGGGAAUCACUGGGCAGGUGUUGGGGAAAGGCUCUGAAGGGAAUAGAGAGAGGCCGCUGGACUUCCAAGGCCAUUAGAAUAGUAGAUGAACCAGAGAGGGCAAGUGACAGCUGGGGAGGGUUUUGUUAGCCUUCUGCGGGAACUGCCCCUCACCUUAUCCUCAAGGUCAAGCAGACCCUCUACCACUGAGUGACCACCCAGCCCUGGAAGGCUUAACCUAUUGCAGAUGUCUUGGAAUAUGGGUGACCAGGUUUCUAUGCCUCGGGUGGUCAGAGCUACUGGCAAGGCCCUUCCUUCCUGGGAGGUAAGCCUGCAGCCUCAGCCUCCCUCACAGGAGGGGUAGGGGGAGGAGGGGGGGGUGAAUAAGAAUUUCCUCCUCAUUAGCAGGCUCAGAAAAUCCCAGUAAACAAGCCAUUGUUUGCUGUGACUAAUCAGAACAUGAUUCCUCUGGGUUGCCAAGGCUGCCUCUUGCUUUCUGGUGUUUAAUCCCAGCAUCAUCUCUCCACUUGGACCCUUGCUUACUCCUCCAUGGGGGUCCUCAGGGCAAAAGAGUGACAACGACAGGACUGGGGACAUAAGGGGUGGCCCAGGAUGGCACCAUGCACAGAAGGGAACAUAAGGGGAAGAAAUACUUUAUUCUAGAGGACUUGAGAGGUGAAGCAAUCAGUUUUAGUUGUCCGCUGUAUGCACCGGUGAGACCAUGUCCCCUUAGAGGAAUGUGGCCAGGCAAACCCAAUGAUGUGCAUCAGUAACACCAGAGAUGUGAGGUAGGCACAUGACAGCUCCUAGAAUAGAGCCUUUGCCUUAACAAACAUCCAGGCUCAGCUCCUAAGGGUUCUGUGGACAAGCACUCGGGGCUUACCUAGAGCAGUGCAGCGCCUCUGCUGGGUCAGAGCUGAGACUGGUGUCUGUGCAGCUGGAUUUAGCAAAUGACACUGGUGGCGUUUGGCAUUCCCCAAUGUGGCUGAAGAACUCAGGGCCAGCUGUGGCCAGAUUGCCUACAUAGGUUGUGGUGAAGAGAAAUUUCAAAUCUGAGGCAGAGGGAGGCCCAGGGAGAGAGCCUAGUAGGCUGCACAGUGAUCCCAGCAGGCCUUGGGGUAAGGAAAGGGACUGGUGACCAAGUCAUCAUCUUAUGAAAAGGAGUACCAUAACUGAGGCAGAAGAGAAGUGUAGAUGAUGCACCAGUUAGUACCUGCUAACUCAGAGAGAGGGCAGGACUAGGAGUACAACUGGAGAGGAUUUCCCAUGGCCAGGAUUACCACGGGAGCAGAAGGGCCUGUGGCAUCCUGAAGCUAAGUAACCACAGAGGUCCCUCUAGCAACGGACUGCACUACCAACACAUGAAGGGACUUGGAAUCUUGGCUGAAGCAGUCAGACCUAAAGAAGCCAGACUGUGCUCAAUGGGUGGCACCUAGUUUAACGGAUGCUGCCAAAUCCAGUCCCACCUCCUCUCGGGUACAUUGCUGGAGCUGUCUGCUGGGCUGGGGAGUGAAGGUGGGGUGUGGUUAGCUCUACUAAGAUGAGGGUUCCCCAGUACCUGCGUACCCCAUCCCCAGAUGGCCAUAAGGCCGAACUCCUGCCCUUCUCAGAACAAAACUGCUCUUGGAACCACCGCACUUGUGCCUGCCUGUUUAGACGCUUUCUCAGGAGGAGCUGCAGAGCUGCAGAGCUGCAGAGCUGCAGAGCUGCAGAGCUCCUUGGUGGGCUGGAGGUGUGGGGAGGGAUCGACAAAGUCCCCAUCUACUCCAUCCUGGUCUAAACUACACAGAUCUUGGUGCUGCUAACUUGCCGCAUCCUGUGCACCAAAAGCUGAAGCUGGGCGUUCCUGGAAGAGAAGAGUAAUUGUCAGGUCCAGUGGGAGCCCCAGUUCCCCCCCAAAAGCAGCGGAUAACCCCAAGAUGACAGCGUUUGCUCAGCUCAGGCUGGAGUAUCGGAGGAGCAGCGUUCCUCAGGAACCCGUGGUUCUACCUGGUGGGAAGGGCCCCUUCCCUUGGCAUGCACUUGUGGUUGUGUAUCCUUCAGUUCCUACCCACUUGUACCUGUUACGUAUUUCAGAUCCGCGCUAGUAUCUUGUCUGACUUGCCUCCUCUGCUCUGUCAGGCUGUUCCACUUACCUACUCUCAGCUACUUGUCCUCCACAGAGCCAGCAUAAUUUUUCUAUACCUGCUUUCCUAGCCCUGGCCAUGGCCAGUGGGCUUCUUUUUCUUUCUGCUCUAGACUCUUCAGAUGCCUCUGGCUGUUCCCCCUCUCACAUCUGUAAUAGGAACCUUUCUACCUCUGGGGCAGCCAUUUCAGUGGUUUAUUCACUGCGCCCCCACUUACAGCAGUGACCAUGAGCAGAGAUUCAAACAGACUUCCUGGGUCCCUUCUAUGGAGGAGAGGAACCUUUUUCCCCCUGGUUUUUUGAAAGAGAGCCUCUCCGUGUAGCUGUCCUGGAACUUGCUCUGCAGACCAGACUGACCUCCAAGUCACAAAGGUCUACCUCCCCUGCUUCCCAAGUGCUGGAAUUAAGGGUCUGUGCCACUACUGCCCAGGUUCUGGUUUUUUUUGUUGUUUGUUUGUUUGUUUGUUUGUUUUUUAGCUGAGGACUGAACCCAGAGUCUUGUGCUUGCUAGACAGGUGCUCUACCGCUGAGUUCAAUAAAUACCCAAACUGGAGAAGAUAACCCUCUUUUACCAUUUCAUAUACUUAAAGGACAGAGAAGGGUCACUGGGAGCGCCAGGCCUUAUCUAGAGCUUUAGAAGUCACAUGAACAUACUACCCCCAAAAGCAUACCUGAAGGCCUUCACCUCCUGAUUACCAGUGCCCCAAGUAGUCUGCAGAAAUAUGAAUGCCAAUGGGAGGAUUAACUGAAUCAUGGGUUGCCUGAGAGUCACAGGCAACAGUGACUGUCAUCAUUGAAAGUUCUACGUAAACAAAGGGAUCCUAAAGGUCUGUGCUGCAAAGACCUACAGGUUCCAGUCACGGUCCUCCUCAUUGUCAUCUUUACAUCUGUGGCCUCCAUCACAAUGGACUCAAGGCCAAGGAGAGAGCUGUUCACAUUAAGGAAAGAAACCUGCAGCCCUGCAGCGGGGAUCUCUCCCACAUUCCACCUGCUGGAACACCAGAAGUCCCCUCAGUCCAUUUCAAAGGACAGAGAAGAAAAGGACAAGGUUUUUGACACCUAGGCUGCUGCUGGACCCCUGAGUUGCUGUGACUUUUGAAGCUAAUCCAAGACAUCUGUGCCUCUCCCCGUCCCCUCCCCUUCCUGCUAUUUUGUACUUACGUUCACUGGGGAGUUCUAUGGUAGGAAGGCUUGACUUUAUUUACAGUGUGAGGGUUCCCUAUUCCUCACAGUGCCUGUAUCCAGCCUGCAACUCCAGGGUUAAGUCCAGACCGUGUCGUCUGACCAUGAGGAUUUGGUGGCUUCUACUGGUUAUGGACGCAGGGAGCGUAUUCUCCCAGGACACCUGCCGGCAAGGGCACUCUGGCAUCCCUGGGACUCCAGGUCACAAUGGCCUACCCGGAAGAGACGGACGAGACGGUGCCAAGGGUGACAAAGGAGACACAGGAGAACCAGGACAUCCCGGUGGGCCGGGGAAGGAUGGAAUUCGUGGAGAGAAAGGAGAGCCAGGAGCAGAUGGAAGAGUUGAAGCAAAAGGCAUCAAAGGUGAUCCAGGCUCCAGAGGAUCUCCAGGGAAACAUGGCCCAAAGGGAUCCAUUGGUCCUACAGGAGAGCAAGGACUACCGGGAGAGACUGGCCCUCAGGGGCAGAAGGGGGAUAAAGGCGAGGUGGGCCCCACUGGACCGGAAGGACUAAUGGGCAGUACCGGGCCUUUGGGUCCCAAGGGCUUACCUGGCCCAGUGGGCCCUAUUGGCAAACCAGGUCCCAGGGGAGAAGCUGGACCCAUGGGCCCCCAGGGGGAGCCAGGAGUCAGGGGAAUGAGAGGCUGGAAAGGCGAUCGAGGAGAGAAGGGGAAAGUUGGUGAGGCUCCCAUGGUGCCCAAGAGUGCUUUCACUGUGGGGCUCACGGUGAUCAGUAAGUUCCCUCCCCCAGAUGUGCCCAUUAAAUUCGAUAAGAUCCUAUACAAUGAACAGAACCAUUACAAUGUAGCGACGGGAAAAUUCACCUGCCACGUGGCGGGCGUCUAUUACUUUACCUACCACAUCACCGUGUUCUCCAGGAACGUGCAGGUAUCUUUGGUCAAAAAUGGGGUAAAAGUCCUGCAUACCAAGGACGGUUACAUGAGCUCUGAGGACCAGGCGUCUGGUGGCAUCGUGCUGGAACUGAAGCUUGGGGACGAAGUGUGGAUGCAGGUGACAGGAGGAGAGAGGUUCAAUGGCUUAUUUGCAGAUGAGGAUGACGAUACCACAUUCACGGGCUUCCUUCUGUUCAGCAGCUCUUGACACAAAGGACUCUGCACGUGGGCCUCAUGGAGGGCUCUGCUGGUGAAUGUGGUGCCCACAGAACCAGCUUGGUGAGGGUAGGAUGUGACUACAUCCAUUCCUCCAGUUAUUGCAUCGAUUCUAAAGUGUACACACGACAAGUUAAUCCCGCAGAUUCCGUCAUUUGAACCCGUGAAUAAUAAACUAAGACUCACCAGCAAUGUAUCCGUGUUCCAUGAAGGCUUCCCCAUGGUGUCACUAAACAAAGACUGGGUCCAGAUUUGAACUCUCUA